AUGUCAAUGUACGUAGCUGUAAAGGAUAUUGGUCCUCUCGAUAGGGAGAAAGCCAUCAGAGUAAAGUGUGUUAUAUGUUACGAAAUCCCUGAAAAAGGGUCUACAGAGAUUAAGAGUCGAGAAGUGUUGUUUUGCGAUAAAGAGGCUUUAAACAGAAUUCUGAUGUACACAUUUUUGUACUCUGUUCACUGUUUAACUGUGUUCCAGGGAACUUUCAUUCAUUUGAACAUGCAAAAUAACGAUGUGAAAAAAUAUAACAAUGUUUUCAUAGAAGGGAAGCUGUAUUCAGUCAAAAAAAUUUUGGUCUUCACCCACUACUAUAUGUACAAAACUUGUGAUCACAAGUAUAUGAUCAGGCCAAACUAUAAGACUCAGGUUAAGGCCAUAAAAUCCAAAGGUUUUCCUACUAAGAUGUUUCAACUAAAAAACUAUGACUCUUUGAAAGACCCUACUCAAGUGAAUGACAAGGUUCUGUUUGAUUUAAUAGGCAGAGUUGUAGAGAUCCAUCCUCCAGUUGACAAGAUAAUAGUGGGUAGACCAGCAAAACUCAUAGACUUUAAAAUGGCUGAUAAUGAGGGAAAUACCUUACAGUGCACUGUGUGGGACAGUCAUGUUGCUGCCAUGCUACCCUACUAUGAUGCAGGUCUUAAAGAACCAUUAAUUUUGGUACUACAGCUAUGUCGGGCGAAGGUGGUCAAUGGUGAAGUCAGAAUCACUAGCUGCUAUGAUGCUACCCAACUUCAUUUCAAUGCAUCUUACCAGGAAUUUGCUGAUUUUAGGUCUCAGUUAACUGCUCCAAACAGUCCUUUGCGCAGUAUAAGUACAGCAACAGUGCUGUCUCAAUCAGCAGGCUUAGAUGACUUUACCAGGGGUGCUUUGACUGUAACUACAGUAUUUAAUCUGUUGAAAAAGAAACAGAAUGGGGAGUUCUAUGUACCUGCUGAAAUUGUUGCAAUUGAAGGUUCUUUCGGAUGGAUGUACAUUUCUUGCAUGUCACCGGGAUCUAAUAGAAAACUUUCAGACGAAUCAGGUGAACUGAUUUGUACCAAUUGUGAUAAGAAAUAUAAAGAAGGAAUGGCAAGGUAUCGGGUAAGAGUUAUUGUUCUAGAUAAAGGUCUAGAUGAUGCUCCCUUCCUAUUAUGGGAUAGGGAGUGUUCUGAAUUAGUUGGUAUCCCAGCACACAGUUUGUACACAAAGUAUAAUAAGGUUUCUGACAUUCCAAAAGAAUUGGAAACAUUAGUGGGUAUGAGAAUGGUAUUUAGGAUAUCAUUAAAAAUGGAGUUCAUGAAGGGAGCUAAUUCAGCGUACACUGUUAUGAAAGUUCUAAGGGAUGAAGCCUUAGUGUCAGCAUACUGUUCUAAACUGAUUGAAGACCAAGACAAGGACAUGAUAUCAAAAAUGUUAGAUGAGGACGAGGAGGAAGAGGAGGACUCGGAUCAGGAAGCUUCAAAUGGAGACAAUGAGGUCAACAGUCCAUUAAAUCUACAUCAGUCUCAAAGCCUAGACAAUGAUCAUUCAGAGGCAGAUGGUGUGAAGCGAUCGCUUAUGGACCAGUUUUCAUCCUCUAGCAAGAAGGGAAAAACUGUGGACAAGAAAGAAGCAACCACAGGGAAGCAACCACAAGGAAUCAAACACAAGGAAUCAAUCACAAGGAAUCAAGCACAAGGAAUCAAGCACAAGAAUAUGGUAGUUAAGGAAGCAAACACAUUCAACUAG